GGGCGGGGCCUCGAUGGAGCAGCUGCACGUGGCUUUGACGAGCGCGCAGUCACCACGCACUUCAGUCUGUUGCAGCAUCUGCAGAAGAUAACGUCAGCAUGGCUAUGGAGAUGGAGCCCUCGGAUGUCAUUCGCCUUAUAAUGCAAUACCUGAAGGAGAACAACCUCUACAGGACCUUGACCACGUUACAGGAAGAGACAACAGUCUCGCUCAACACCGUGGAGAGUAUCGACAGCUUCAUCGCAGACAUCCAAAAAGGCCACUGGGACUCAGUCUUGCUCGCAAUUGAAUCCCUCAAAUUGCCUGACAACACACUAAUUGACCUUUAUGAACAGGUGGUAAUGGAGCUGAUUGAGAUGAGGGAGGUGGGCGCUGCUCGUUCACUCCUCAGACAAACCGACCCGAUGAUCAUGUUGAAGCAGACCCAGCCCGAGAGGUACAGCCACCUGGAACACCUGCUCACACUCUCCUAUUUUGACCCGCGUGAGGGAUACAUAAAAGGUAGCAGCAAGGAGAAGCGGCGCAGGGCCAUUGCAGAAGAGCUGGUGAGGGAGGUCAGUGUGGUGCCGCCAUCACGCCUCAUGGGGCUCCUGGAACAAGUCGGGUCGUUGAGACUGAACUCACCAGAGAGCCUCUCACCUGAAAUGACCAUCGAGAGCCCAUGCAAAAAGGACAUAUAUGCAGAGAAAGAAACUUUUCCAACCCAACUGUACCGCCACAUUAAGUUUGGACGUCGGUCACAUGUGGAAUGUGCCCGUUUCUCUCCUGAUGGCAAAUACUUAAUCUCUGGCUCGGUGGAUGGAUUCAUUGAAGUGUGGAACUUUCACACUGGCAACAUAAGCAAGGAUUUAAAGUACCAGGCCCAAGACAGUUUUAUGAUGAUGGACGAUGCAGUGUUGUGUGUGUGCUUCAGCCAGGAUUCAGAUCUACUCGCCACCGGCGCUCAGAAUGGAAAAAUAAAGGUGUGGAAGAUCCAGAGUGGCCUGUGCCUGCGCAGGUUUGAGCAUGCGCACAACCAAGGUGUGACCUGUCUGAGUUUCUCCAAGGACAGCAACCAAAUCCUCAGUGCAUCUUUUGACCGCACCAUCAGGAUCCAUGAGCUGCGUUCGGGCCAAACACUGAAGGAGUUAAAUGGACAUCUGUCGUUUGUGAAUGAUGCAUCUUUCACACAGGAUGGAUUUCAUAUCAUCAGCGCAUCAUCGGACGGUACUGUUAAGAUUUGGAACAGCAAAACUUGUGAAUGCAUCCACACGUUUAAGUCUCUGUCGCGGGCUUCGGAUGUCCCUGUGAACAACGUGAUCACUCUUCCCCAAAAUCCACAGCUCUUUGUGGUUUGCAACCAUUCCAGCACGGUUGUUGUCAUGAACACGCAGGGUCAGACUGUCAAGACGUUUAGUGCAGAUAGAAAGUCGGGAGCAAAGUUUGUGUGCAGCGCAGUGUCCCCGCGAGGUGAGUGGAUUUACUGCGUAGGAGAGGACUUGGUGCUCUACUGCUUCAACUACGCGACAGCAAGACUGGAGAAAACUCUGACGGUCCAUGAGAAAGAUGUAAUUGGCAUCACUCACCACCCACAUGAGAAUCUGAUUGCUACUUACAGCGUGGACGGCCUCCUGAGGCUGUGGAAGCCUUAGACUGAUGACUCAGGGUCUUGGAUGAUACGGAGAAUCUCACACGUGAUGUUUGCAUCCCAACGUGCAACGAAUACUGAAUCGAGACACGACACAAACCAGACGAACAACUAAUCACAAUGAGUCUACUAAAGGUGCUUUUAUGCAUCAGACCAUACAGCAAAUCAUUGUGACAGACAGAUAUACUACUAAAGUAGAAUAGCUGAUGCUGGAGUGGGCUCACCUUGGGACUGACUGGUCCUUUUGCCUCAACAUCACAGCGUACCUAAGAUGGACAGGUGGAUGGAAAAAAAGUAAAAUAAAAAUGGAAGGAAUAUAAUAUUUUAGGAUUAUAGUGCUGGUUAACAUAUGUAGCAAUCUUGUGAAGAUGUAAAUAUGGCCCAGGAGCUGCAGUUAUGAUCUUCAGGCGAUCAUAUAUUCUCAGCAUUAAAACAAUAAUACCCUUGUCGAACGGGGUUUUUCAUGGGCUUGCAAGGAUUGACAACAAUUAAACCCUAGAUAACCAAUAUCACAUUAAAUGAAACUUGAUUGGCACCUGUAUGAGUUGAGAGAGAAAAAAAAAGCAUCCCUGCAGGUGAGAGAAGAAAAACGGACAUAGCUAAAAGAGAAAUAUUGUGGAUGUAGGUUGCCAAGCUCAUCUGACACCAAAACCAUGAAAACGGAUGCAGCAUUUCUGUGAGAACUCUUUUUACUACAGUGAUCAGAUGACUUCUUUUCUAAACAGAUGAUGUAUUCAUGUAUUUACAUUUAACGGUUGUAUCAAUCAAAGUAGGUCCUUAAUACUAGUGCCUACUUCCUCAUGGUUUCAAUUUUGCCAGCACAGUGUAAACUCACUCAUUUUCAUCUAUUUUGUAUUUAGAUAUGAAAAUGCAUGAUGGUGAAUUGCUGUGACAAUACUUUUACAAAACAAUGUCGGUUCUUUGUUUGGCCGUAAACAAACAGUAUCAGGAGUAUAAUAAUGCAUUAUAUGUAACUUCUUGUUUCUAAUGCACUUUUGUAAAUGUUUUUGUAUCUGGUUUUUUUCAGUAUUGUCUGUUUCUGCAUGCUACCUCAGUGCUAAUUAUUACUCAAAUCGAGCUAUUUUAGCAUUUGCAUGACAACAACACUAAAGUCUCCGUGAAGCUCCAGUGACGCACGUUGUAUGAAUAUCGUACAGUACGUACAAUUAACGUGACGUCACGUAUUACUCUUCUGUAGUACAAACAACUCUCAGUAAUGUAAAGGUGCAAAUCAUACUGUAUUUCUUUCCUAUGGUACUGGCAGUCAUCUCCUAUUGUAAAUA